CAUUAUCAACCAAGAAAGGAAACCUAGUGAGAUAGAAAUAAAAGAUAAAAUGGUACAAGAGGAAAUAAUAAGAAAAGGUCCAUGGACUGAACAAGAAGAUGUUCAGCUAGUAUUUUAUGUGAAGAUGUUUGGUGAUCGUCGCUGGGAUUUUCUGGCGAAAGUUUCAGGUUUGAAAAGAACUGGAAAGAGUUGCAGAUUACGCUGGGUUAAUUACUUGAAUCCUGCUCUCAAACGUGGCAAGAUGACCCCUCAAGAAGAACACCUUGUUCUUCAACUCCACUCCAAAUAUGGAAAUAGAUGGUCGAAAAUUGCUGGGAAAUUGCCGGGGCGAACUGAUAACGAAAUCAAGAAUUAUUGGAGAACCCACAUGAGGAAACAGGCUCAAGAUCAGAGGAAUAAGAAUAAGGCUUCUAUUUCUCCAUCUUCGUCCUUUUCCAACUCUUCGUCUAAUUCCUCUGCCAACAGUCCUACUGUGGACUCCAUGCCAGUCAAUGAACAAAACGAGAGAAAUUCUAACGGUGUGCUCGAGCACUUGCAAUUAGCUGCUGGAGAAAAUAAAGUAUAUGAUCAUGAAUUAGGGGAGAAAAAUAUGAUGGUCUAUUCCAUAGAUGAUAUCUGGAAAGAUGUUCAAUCAUCAGAAGAUACUGAUCAAACGAUGAAUAAGUUACCAGUAAUGGCAUCACCCUUAUGGGAUUAUUGCCCAGAUUCACUAUGGAUGACUGAUUAUUACUAUGACAAUCAAGAUAUCUCAUUUUUCACAGGCUAAUCCUAAUUAAUCGGAGGUGAAUUUUUCUUGUAGAGUUGGUGUUAGUUUUUGUGAGAUAGGAGUAAUAUUUAGGUCUCACUUGUAUAUAGUAACAUCAGAAAGUCACUCUGUUAUUGAAUCGGUAGUGUUUGAAAGUUUGCUCUGUUUUAAUCGUCUGAGGAUUAGUUACGAGAGUGUAAGUCUGUUUCUGUGUGAUUAUUCGACAAUCAUCUUGUGAAAAUUUGAUGGUCCAUUAAUUCCAUGUAAAUUACAAGUAUUUGAACGUUAUUUAGCUUUUAUAUAAGCAAUUUA